CCCUUGCUGAGUUGGUCGCAAUCAUUGUUUCUCUGCAGCAUUAACCACAUUCCAGAGAGGCGCAGCGCAUCCCGUCUUCAUCCCCGCAUUCCUUUUACGCAAACGAGUCCCUUGUAUAAAAGGGCGUUUUAUUCAGAUUUUCCGGCGCUUGGUGAAUUUAGACUUAUAUACGACGGAUAUUUGUGGCGUAUGUGAUUAUCCAUGCUACUUUGACAUCUAGCACGGUGCCCGUAAGCGAAACUAGAGGAAAAACCAACAAGGGGAAAUUCCUCCGCGCAGCGCGCCAUUGACUGUAAAGACCUUUCAACUUAACAAAAACUGAAGUUGACAAACGUAUCCCUGUCGGCUAAAACUGUUAGAAAGAGUUUGGGUUUUCGGCGAAGGGGGCAAAGCAGAAGAAGACGAUGCGGCACACGGUGGAGGUUUCUGAGUACGUCGGUGGUUUUCUGUAAAUGAGCGACGGCUGUAUCGCGGCGUUUUGUUUUGAUUUCCAUGUGAAAUGCAAUUAGUGCUCCGCGGCGCUCGCUAGUUUGGCUCGCGGAGCGGAGCACACUCUCAACUUGUUUCUCGCCUCGGGAGCAACAACAUGGAGCACUACCAGGAAGAUUUGGGACUCCGGGCCAGUAAAUUGAUGGAGGAUCUUUCCUUGUAUGAUGCCUACAAGGACGGGAUGUACAAUGCGAGGAGAGACUUGGUGAUUAACCCCGAUUUAGACUUUUCGGCUCCGGCUGUAGCAGAGCAUAAAAGUAAGCCAAUAAAUGGUACCUCUGUGCUCCACCAGCAGCAUCACACAGUGGAGAAUUUCACGUCUGGGAAUAAAGUGUACAACGCGGCUCCGGUGCGCCCUGUAAACUGCAACCGGACCGUUCCUGUGGAUUUUUGUGCCCCUCAAAGAGACGCAGUUUACACUGAGGAGGGCUGCUGCACCAAAUCCGAAGUGGCUCUGCCGUGCUACACGGGCGCUUCCGAGAGGCACAGGAGGUACUCUCUGGAGGUGCAGGGCCACAGGUACAGCACCGGCUCCGCCUUCGACGGCGUGCCUCUCAACAAGCCGGUGCCCCUGCCCGGCAACAGGUGCAACAGUGUGUGCAUCACCAGCAGCCACGACGGGAGAUACAACGCCACCAGUCCCCGGUCCAGCUUAGCAUCCUCCCUGUCCUCUCAGGACAAGCAUGCCAGCCCGAGGUCGAGCAUCAGCAGCCCGCGCACUAGUUUAGUGGUGCCGGGCCAGGACAGGUACACGAGCCCCAGGUCUAGUUUAGUUCACUGUGAGGGCAACAGUGUCCUCAGUCCCAGAUCCAGCUAUGCAAGCACCGCCAGCGACACGAGUAAACACUCCAGCCCGCGGGCCAGCCUCAACAGCUGUGACUGCUGCAGCAAGCCCAGCAGCAACCGAACCAGCGGCAUCAGCAUGGGCUACGACCAGAGGCACGCCAGCCCCAGGUCGAGCACGGCGAGCCAGUACUCCUUCACCACCAGCCCCAGGUCCAGUUACUCUGACUCUCGGUACGGGCCCGUGGUCAACCAUGAUCUGGAGGGGGCGAUUUUACACGCAGCGCCACUGGCGAGUCCUCGGUCCAGCAUCUGCAGCCAGGACGGGAGCGCGAGACCGGGGACCACCGCAAACUGCGUGGUCAGUCCCCGCUCCAGCAUUUCCAGUCACAGCUCCAGAAGCUCCCGCAGCUCCAGGGGGUCUAUGAGCACCUAUCCGGAGCUGCAGCUGCCCUCACCCAGGUCAUCCAUGCUGGGCAGCAGUUUGCACGAGGACACGCUGCUGCAGGAGUUUGGAGACUCCAACGGGAUCCAAAAUCGCAUCCACCUGCAGGGGCUCUCGGCUGUGCCAGAGCCCCAGCAGCAGGCAGCCCAGACGGGAGGGACUGUGGAGAUGACCGCUGGGUCGCCAUCAUCGUUUAGUUAUGGGAUGUCCUCAAAAACAGCUGCCUCGAGUCAGAGGUUUAAGCUACCUUACCAGGUGACCCCCAGCCGGGAGAGUGGACCGAGCCAGGCCGAGAAGCGGCUGGAGGCGCUCACCUUGGAGCUGGAAAAGGAGUUAGAGAUGCACAUGAAAAAGGAAUACUUUGGUAUCUGUGUCAAAUGUGGGAAAGGUGUGUAUGGAGCUAGUCAAGCCUGCCAGGCCAUGGGGAACCUGUAUCACACAAACUGCUUCACCUGCUGCUCCUGCGGACGGAGGCUGCGAGGGAAAGCAUUCUACAACGUCAACGGGAAGGUCUACUGCGAGGAGGAUUUCCUGUACUCUGGUUUCCAGCAGACGGCAGAGAAGUGUUUCGUGUGUGGUCACCUCAUCAUGGAGAUGAUCCUCCAGGCGCUAGGCAAGUCCUACCAUCCUGGCUGUUUUCGCUGUGUGGUGUGUAAAGAAGGUCUAGAUGGAGUGCCUUUCACUGUGGACGUUGAGAACAACAUCUACUGUGUCAAAGACUAUCACACGGUUUUUGCUCCCAAGUGUGCCUCCUGCAACCAACCCAUCCUCCCAGCCCAAGGCUCCGAGGAAACCAUCCGGGUCGUUUCUAUGGACAAAGACUACCAUGUGGAGUGUUACCACUGUGAGGACUGUGGUCUCCAGCUAAAUGACGAAGAGGGCCACCGCUGUUAUCCACUGGAAGGCCACCUGCUCUGCCACGGCUGCCACAUCCACCGGCUCCAGUCGCAGGUCCCCGCCCACCUGCCCCCCAGCUACCCCCUUCACGUCACCGAGCUGUGAGGGGGACGAGGGCGGGCAGCAACUAUUGCCUGCCUCCCAGGUGAUCCGAGACACCAGCAGCGGGAAACAAAACCCUGCACCCUCUCCAGCAGUUCCAGGGAAGCCUCUGUGUGGCCAUCUGAGCUGCUGCCCCUGUCCUCACUGGCAGGCCAGGCCGUGGACUAACACACUCAGUGCAGCUCCCACCACAGGCCCUGCUGUCACAUGACAGGGCUGGGAAAAAGGGUCCCCCCUCCUCUUCCAUCUGUGGUCCUUUCCUCCCCUUUCCCCUUGGGUGCCUAUCCCUGAAAGCCAACACGCCGGCUCACCCAGAGGCCCCCGGUGACGUCACACAGCCUGACCCCUGCACAUUCAUCAAAGAGAGGGUUUUCGGAUUGGAGGAGAGGACGCGCACUCGUCUCUCUCCUCGCUCCCCUCUUUUCCUUUCCAUGUUUUUCAUUCCUGUGCUCUGACUGAAGUGGUUAACCGCGGUGAAUUCACCAGUGCUGUCACGUCCGAGAACGCGGCUGAUGGCGGCGUCAGGGAGGCCAGGGAGCGAAUUACUACAUUCCAGUGCUGGCUGGACAGGACAGACCCCAGGGUGGGCAUGCUGUGCCUUCAGAGCGAGCGCUCUCCGUGCAGCUUCUAACACUGAAAUGGAGUCCUGCUAAAGGCUAUGCAAAGGACACCCGGCAUCAUGACCCAGGGCUGUGAGAAAAACGAUUAACUCAUCGCUCGUUGCCCCGCACCACCCCGAAAAAAAGAGAUGCACCGUAGCAGCACAAGCCCAGAGGACCGACUGACAUUCCACUUAGAAGUCUUAGACGAGACCUCGAGAGAUUCACAAGCAGUGUCUUAAUUAAUGAUUAUAUUAUGACAGAAAAAGAAAAUUUUAGAUGCACAUAGAAUGUCUUUUAUAUAUGAAUAUAUAUUUUGCAGAUGUUUUCCACAUAAGAUCAUAGAGUUAGAUUCUCUCUUUUUUUUUUUUUUUUUUUUUUUUUUGUUGUUGCUGCGCUCACAGUAGAUUCAGAGGUGGAACAUGCUGUCUGUCUGAAGCCUCUGAAGAUUUCGGGUCUGUUGUAUCAUUUCUCCUCCAGGACACAGAGCCUGUUCGUGUCUGUCAGUGGGUCACAGAUCCACUGGCUCAAAGAGUAUUUGCCUUCAAUUAUUUUUUUCCUCUUUGAGUACCAAAUGUUUGAUGUCUAAAUCAGGUUUUUGGCAACAGAUUUGUUCCCUUUAGACAUUCCUGCAUACCUUAGAUUUUACCACUUUGGUUAAACCUCAAUCGGUGUAUUUAUUGUAAAUGCAAAUUAAUAAAAAGCAAAAGUGACUUAAAAUGAUUUAGUAAAUUAAACUGGAUAGAUCUGCAUCACUCUAUUUUUGUGUUGCAGCUGAUAUCAGCACUCGUUUUAAUGACCUAUUUUAUGCUGUAGAAUAACACGUGAAAGUCUUUUAAACUUGUGUUAACCACAGACCUUAUUUCAGGCAUCGAACCAAACACCCAUUGACUUCGCAGACAAGGGAACAGGCUGAAAUGCUAAUUCACUUCACAAGUUUUAGGAUUCACCCCUGGGAGCACUCCAUCUUUGCCAAAUUAUCACACAGAGCUCUAAGAUUAAGAUUAAAGCUUAAUCUUCAAAUCUGAGAGUUUAGCUAGAAAUUGGUCUUUAAAUACUAAGAUUUAGACCCCAUGGUGCAACACUAAAAGACACUCAAUCAGCAGUUAUCACAGAAACCAAAUGUCAGCUCAAGACAAACAAAAUGGAACAAGAUAUUAACAGAGUUAUAGCCUAAAAUAAAGUGUAUAAAGUAAAAUAAGUAUUGUUGAGCUCUGUGGUUUAAACUGUGUAAAGGCAUUUAGAAACAAAAGGGCUCUGAUUGGAAAAGAUUUGACUCCACAUCUGUGUGUUUAAAAAUUAUAGAGGGUUCUUGUAGUUUUGAGACAAAAAGACAACAUGUUGUGUGAACCAGGUGUCUCAUCAGAGAGAUCAAGAUCUGGAUUCAAAAUAAUUUAAUGAAUUAUCAAUUUAAGGUUAUUCCUUAUUCAAUAUCUAAUAUAUGCUACAUUACUGAUAUUUAUUUUCCAUGCAGAAAGUGUACAAAAGCACACGUGAUGAAACAUAUGUUUCGUGGGGACUGUAAUAAUUUUCUAAAGGGGCCUAAUGUCAAAGGUCUCAGGUCAUUUUAAAGUAAUCUCAGUCAGCGACACCUCACACUGUCUGCAUGCAGCAUCUGGCCCAUCUGGUACUCAAAGAGGCAUUAAAACUAAUUGAUUUAUUUGCAGAUACCUUUUUGUUCCAGGUGUGAUGAGGGCGCUGUUUCCUGGUAUGUUUUUCCAGACACUGGUUUUUGUCAUAUGAGCACUGAGUACAGUGUGUUACUUCGAGGAACCUCCACUUUGUCCGCAUGCCUUAAAGACAGAACAGGUAUGUUUGUGUGUCUCGCUCUGGUUUGUCGUGCUGUCUGCUGUCGUGUCGUGGGAGGACGUCCCUAAAAACCCGGAGCUGCUGGUCACACCUAUGUUUUUAGGGAGUCUGCCCAUGUCUACCUUGCUGGUUGUGUGUGUGUGUGUGUGUGUGUGUGUGUGUGUGUGUGUGUGUGUGUGUGUGUGCGCGUGUGUGCGCGCGUGCGCAAAAAAAAAAUACUACAUGAGACAAAAACACUAAACUCUGAGCUGUAGUGGUGCUGGAAAAAUAGUCUCGCCACUCCACAUUUUCUCCCCCUUUUUUCCCUGCAUUGGCACUCAAUGGAUCAUUCCUUGUACAUGAAAAGUUACAUGUCAGAUUCUUGGAAAUUUCUGUUUUUUGAGCUUUUUGCAUUCAGCAAAACUCUGAUGCAGAAGAAACCCCAACUAUGCCUGUUUAUUUCAAAAAUAACAAAUUGUGUAAAUGUGCAUUUGUGUGUGUGUGUGUGUGUGUGUGUGUGUGUGUGUGUGUGUGUGGCAGGGCCAUGGCACAUGCACCUCACUGUGUUUGCAGGGCAGCGCAGCAUCCAACCCCAUGACCCCUGCAUUCUCUGUUGUAACCCGGUGAUGAUUUUGGCAACUGCGUUCGCUCAUCACACACCCUCCCUCCAGAUGUUUGUGUCUAAUUCUUGGUGUUUGUUUGAACUUCUGUCUAAAACUAAUCGCCAACUAUUGAAUGCAAACACUGGCUCUUAUUCAUACUGUAUUACUGUACACGCAAGUCUAAGAAAAUACUACUGAAUGUGUCACAAACAGAGACUGACGCAGAGACUGAAGGAAGGGGGUCACCACAGGCAGAUAGUGCUCUCUAAUGUAUCCUGAUGUGAUGAGAUUAAUUCGAAUGUAAUAAUGAUGAGUGUUGUAUAUUUGUAAAAGCAGAAAAGAAAAGGACUGCAUAUGUGAGACAUUCCCCUUGUCAUUUGAUCAACCUCAAUUUUGUAUAUGGGUCGAGUCAUGUGUGCUAUACUUGAAGAAUGAGGCAUUUUUUAAACUUAUCUGCACAACAUCAACCCCCCAAAAACAACUAAACAAAGUCAGCGUGCAUCCCCCUUUAAAGAUGUCUUAAUUCACCCUUUUAAAAAAUACUACUUCCAUUUCUAUUGCAUAGCACACAGCUAGUUACCCUGUACAUAAAGAGGCUAGUUUUUUUUAAUUUUAUUUUUCUGUCAAAAAUCACUUGGAAAGAGAAGAAGUCUUCUUCUCCUACUGGUAGUUCCAACAAGCACAUCUGUCACACAUCUUUUGUAUCGCUAAGUGUUUUGAUUACCUAGAUGGUUCAUAAAAAAAGGAAACUAGAUCUAUUUAUCUAAACAUGAAAAAAAGUCUAAAGUUAUUUAAUGUAUUAAAAUCGGGACGUAUCAUUUAACUGUAGAUGACAUAAUCUGCUUUUUCAAUAAAGUGGUUUUGUAGCUAACUGCAAAAAAAA